AUGCAUGUGACCCCAAGUAGACACCGACCUGCCGAUGCUAACGGUCUUAGCGAUGAACAAGUGGCUGAUCGUCUUCAGAAAUUUGGCCCAAAUAAAAUUGAACAAAAAGAACGUAGCGCCAUUAUACAGUUUUUAUUAUUUAUGUGGAAUCCUCUUUCCUGGAUUAUGGAAAUAGCUGCUGUUGUGUCGAUUGCGCUGAGUAAUGGUGAGGGGCAACCUCCAGAUUGGCAGGAUUUCAUCGGUAUCCUUUUUCUCUUAAUAAUUAAUUCUGUAAUUGGAUUCGUUGAAAAACGUCGAGCUGGUAAUGCUGUUAAAGCUCUGAUGAAAUCACUUGCUCCUGAAUGUCAGGCUAAACGUAAUGGAAAAUGGGUGACAAUCGAUGCAAGUCAACUAGUGCCAGGCGAUAUCGUCAGUAUCAAAUUAGGGAACAUUAUACCGGCUGAUGCACGCAUUAUAUCGACACCUGGUGGCUCAAUAGCUGUUGAUCAAGCAGCACUGACGGGUGAAUCUCUACCGGUGAAGAAGAAAGUAAGCGAUGAAGUUUUCUCAUCAACCAUAUGUAAACAAGGUGAAGCAGAAGCAAUAAUCGUUGGUACGGGUAUUAAUACUUUUUUCGGUCGUGCUGCUAAAAUUGUUGGUGAAGCUGGUGAUGAAGCAGGGCAUUUGCAAAAGAUUUUAGCGAAAAUUGGUAAUUUUUGUAUUUGCGGUAUUGUAAUAUUCAUCGUAGCGGAAAUACUAGUCAUGUAUGCGGGUUUUCAUUACUCCUAUCGUCGUGGUAUCAACAAUAUUCUUGUUCUAUUAAUUGGUGGUAUACCAAUUGCCAUGCCAACUGUUCUGUCGGUUACUCUGGCACUCGGAGCGAAAGAACUAUCCGAUCGUAAAGCCAUUGUCACACGAAUAACAGCAAUUGAGGAGUUAGCUGCUGUUACCAUUUUAUGUUCAGAUAAAACGGGAACUCUCACUCUGAAUAAAUUGACUAUUGAUAUACCAACAAUUGUUCGAUAUUCCACUGUAAGUGCCGAAGAUAUUAUCCGCUAUGCUGCUUAUGCUUGUGCACCCCAGAAUCAUGAUGCAAUUGAUGCGUGUGUGCUUAGCUCAUUCAGCGAAGUUAAUUUCAUACGAGAUGGUAUUGAAGUCCUAUCAUUUAUCCCAUUUGAUCCAGUUAACAAACGAACAGAAAUUACCUAUCGACAACUAUCCAACAGCAUCAUUCAUCGUGUAACUAAGGGUAUGUCGGAUACAGUUCUAAAUUUGUGUACAAAGGACAAAACUGAUGAGCAAGUAAGAAAGCUGAAAUCUGAUGUUGAGAGACAUGCGCAACGUGGUUUUCGAUCAUUGGCCGUUGCUUUGGAUGAUGAUGGUGGUUCUGGAUAUAAAUUGAUUGGAUUGUUACCAAUAAUGGAUCCGCCACGAAAAGACACGUCCGAAACAAUAAAACGUGCACAAGAGCUGGGUGUCCAGGUCAAAAUGAUUACGGGUGACCAACUGGCCAUAGCCAUAGAGACUGGUCGACGUCUCGGCAUGGGUACCACAAUGUUUGUUUAUAAUCUUCUUAGAGAAGAUAAUCUAUUAUCCGAAUAUAAAACAAUAGAUGAUGUGAUUGUGCACGCCGACGGGUUUGCUGGUGUUUAUCCUGAACACAAAUAUGAAAUUGUACAACGGUUACAAAAUUUAGGACAUUUUGUGGCAAUGACUGGUGAUGGUGUUAAUGACGCACCGGCUCUGUCCAAAUCGAAUGUUGGUAUUGCUGUUUCCGAUGCGUGCGAUGCUGCACGAGCAGCAUCUGCCAUUGUUCUCACUGAACCAGGUCUCUCAGUUAUCAUCGAUGCGAUUCUUGUCACCAUCCGAGUUAUUGUUGGGUUUGCCAUCCUCGUUUUUGUUUUUAAAUACGAUUUUCCGCCAUUUAUGAUUUUGAUUAUGGCUAUUCUCAACGAUGGUACAAUAAUGACAAUAUCCAAAGAUCGCGUUCAAGCAUCACAAACACCAAAUAAAUGGAAUCUAUUUGAAAUAUUUACUUAUGCUAUUGUCUAUGGUCUCUAUAUGUCUGUAUCAACUCUAGUCUUUUUUGCUGUUAUUGUCAAAACAGACUUCUUUCAACGAACAUUUGGUCUUGAAACAUUUCAGCAAAACGACGAUGGAUACAAUAAUCCAAUUCUACAUACAAUCAUUUAUCUUCAAGUAUCAACAGUUAGUCAAGCAUUAAUAUUCAUAACAAGGUCGAGAGGAUUCUUUUUCAGUGAUCGGCCUGCAGUUAUAUUAGUCUGUGCAUUUUUAAUUACACAAAUAUGUGUGACGUUAAUUGCGGUGUAUGCUGAUUGGGAUUGGACAAACAUAAGAGGAUGUGGUUGGACUUGGGCAGGUAUCGUGUGGAUUUGGAAUAUAAUUUGGUUUUUUCCCUUUGAUCUUUUGAAAUUUGGUCUACAAGCAUUGUUUGCAAAAAGUACAACAGUCGUCAAUCCAUUUCAAUGGCGUCGUCGACGUUCCAUUUUUCCAAGCCCGUCGUUCAAAGUACGACCAUCAACAACAACAUCCGGGGCAGAAACAACAAUAUUGAAAAGGUUGUCAAUAGUCGGUGCAACAUAUUAUGAACCAUAUACAGAUAUGCCAUCAGAUUGA